AUGAUUGACAUGGGAGUUCAACCGCUCUCGCAAGCCAUGCUUUCUCUCUUCGUUCCCAGCAUCGCCAUCAGUGUCAUCGGUGCUUUUCUUCUAGCCGUUGUUCGUCUGUUCAGGCCGAAAAAGCCCAAGUACAAGCCGUUGCCGGGCCCCAAAGGUCUACCAUGGAUCGGUCCUUUCCACAAGUUCCCUUCUAAGGAUGUGUACAAGAAGUUUGCUGAAUGGCACGAAGAAUAUGGUCCGAUCUACCAGUUCACUCUCUUCGGCGUUAAACAUAUCCGUGUCAACAGCGAGAAGGUGUGUCAGGAUCUUCUCGCAAGGCGUGGAGCAUACUAUUCCAAUCGCGCGCCCACACCCAACAUCCCAGGCGCCAAAACUGAUGCAGAAUAUCUUCCUCUCUUAGACAACAAUGCGGCACUUACAAGGCACCGUAAAUUCGCUCACCAAUGUCUGUCCGAGACCUACAAUUACGACAUGUUCGGCUUCACGCACCUCGAGAUCACGCGGAUGAUGGUUUCGUUGAUGAAGGACAAUCGCAACUACCCCGAUCUCGCCGAAGAGUUCACCCAUCGUGUGAGCGCACGCCUCGCCUGGGAAGACCCCAAGCUAAGUCGUGGGCUGAACCGAAGCUCGGCUGGCCUACUUGCUGCCAUAUCUCCAGCAGGGAAGCUACCGAACAGGUUUCCAGUCGUUCAGAAGUUACCUAACUUGAUCAACCCUUGGUAUUGGCAGGAGAAGGCGCGCCAUGAUGCCCAGAGGGAAUUCUGGGUCGGGGCCAUGCAAUCCGUCAAGGCCAAGAUGGACGCUGGUAUUCCUGGUCAUUCCUGGUCUCGCACGUUCUUCAAAGACAAGGAGCGCUUGAAGUUCCCCGAUGGCGUCCCAGACGAGAAGGAGGGCGCUUUCGCGAUAGGCAUGCUUGCUAUCACAGCAUCACUACCCAUGUCUUCGCCCAUCCAGACAUACUACCUCGCUAUGUGCCAUUACCCCCAUUGGCAGAAGCGACUACAAGACGAGAUCGAUGAGGUUUGCGGCCCUGACCGUCUACCCACAUGGGCCGACGCACCGAAGCUUCCGGUUCUGAGAGCGAUCGGCAAAGAGCUGAUCCGCUGGAGACCGCCAGUCCCUACAGGCGUUCCCCACGAAGCUGAGAGGGAUGAUGAAUACGAUGGAUACUUCAUCCCGAAGGGUGCGCUCAUCCAUGCUACCGAGUGGGCACGUCGGAGUGACGAAUCCCUGUAUCCCAACCCGGAAGAGUUCAAUCCAGAUCGCUAUCUAAACCCCAAAUACCCCACCUACAAGGAGCCUUUAACGAAGUACCCCAACGUCAUCAACCACCACGUCUUUGGAUAUGGUCGUCGCAAUUGCUUGGGUAUGGAGAUUGUAGACUACCAACUGGUCACAAUCAUGGGCUCUCUGGCUUGGGCAUUCAAUGUCACCAAGAAGAAAAACAAGAUUGGAAUUGAUAUACCCAUUCACACAGAAGACUGGACAGACUUGCUCAUCACUCGCCCGGAAGUGUUCGUCUUCGACAUCAAACCAAGAGAUGCGUACAAAGAGAAGAAGCUUGUGGCCAUGUAUGAGGAGGCUUUGGUGGAACAUCCUGAUCUUGCUAUCUGA